AUGCCAACGAAUCUAUGCGAUGUGGACGUUGUACAGAUCUCGGCAGGCAGUACGGCCCCACCAUCGCCGCGAUUGCAGCGAUGCAGCGAGGACGGAACUCAAAUGGAUUCGCAAUCGUCACAGGAUCAAUCGCCUCCACCACCACCACUUCUUGCGAUUCCCUCGCUACUGUCACCGUACCCGGACUCGUCAUCCCCUCCUCGGUCGAACUCCGUCGAUCUGUCAACACUUCGAAGAGACAUCGAACUGUUGUCGAUCUCGUCCGGCGACAGCCCUUCAGAAUCGGAAUUUGAACCGCCGACACCGGCUGACAGCGUUAAGACUGUGAGGUCACGGAGUCACGAGCCAGGCAAUGCAACAUCAGUUCUCCGACGGCCAAGCAGGAUCGAACAUUUGUCGGAGCUGUUCAGAAAGGCGCUUGCAAAAUCCCCAGUGGUGAGGAGGACUGCUGUCGAACAGGAGCGAAUGGUGAACAAGCACAGGACCAGCCGGUACUGGCUUGACGAGCAGGUUCGUUGA